AUGGGUGACAAGCAGCUCCCCACCCACCCCACCCCCAGGGAUGGGGACACCAACACCUCCCCCUCCAGCUGCCCUCCGCACUGGCUGGAGCCCCGCUUCACGCCGGCGGCCAAGGCCCGCGUGGCGGUCACGGCCGCCAUCUUCUUGGUGUCGGUGGGCAGCAACGCAGCGGUGCUGGGCAGUUUGCUGAGGAAGAGGAGAAAAUCCACCCCUGUCAGACCCCUGCUCCUCAGCCUGGCGCUGGCUGACCUGCUGGUGACGCUGGUGGUGAUGCCCUUGGAUGCGGCCUGGAACGUGACGGUGCAGUGGUACGGAGGGGACGUCUCCUGCAAGCUCCUCAACUUCCUCAAGCUCUUCGCCAUGUACGCGGCCGCCAUGGUGCUGGUGGUCAUCAGCCUGGACCGCCACUCCGCCGUCCUCAGGCCCUUCUCCCGCCCUCACCGGCCCAACGGGACGCUGCUCCGCGCCGCCUGGGCGGGCAGCCUCCUCCUGGCUUCACCCCAGCUUUUCCUCUUCCACCUGCACACAAUCCCAGGAAGGAACUUCACUCAGUGUGUCACCCAUGGGAGCUUCCGAGCACACUGGGAGGAAACCAUCUACAACAUGUUCACCUUCACCACCCUCUACAUCACCCCCUUGAGCGUCAUGAUCGUUUGCUACAUCCGCAUCAUUUGGGAGAUCAGCAAGCAGCUGAAGAUCAACAAAGGUUUGAUAAGAAAUCAAAAAGACUACAUCUCCAAGGCCCGCAUGAAGACCCUCAAGAUGACCAUAGUGAUCGUUGCAACCUUCAUCAUCUGCUGGACCCCAUACUACCUCCUGGGCUUGUGGUACUGGUUCCAGCCAACCAUGAUCCAGAAGAUGCCAGAGUAUGUCAACCACACUUUCUUUCUCUUUGGCCUGCUGCACACAUGCACUGACCCCAUCAUCUAUGGACUUUACACCCCCUCCUUCCGAGAGGAUGUGCAGUUGUGUCUCAGGGGCAUUGGAACAGCCAUCACCAGGCCCAGGAGACAAAAACCCAUCUCACUCUCAGAGAAGAACAUCAAGGAUGGGGCUGUAAAUGGUGGGGCGGCAUCAGGGGGCUCCAAUGGGACAACUGCCAACACAGCCUGCUGA